AUGUCAAGAACGCAUUUUCCUCGUCAGCCGACCAAUAUCCUGUUCAUGUCAGAGGCAGUUGACAUUAUCGGGACCUAUCUUACACCACCAGAUCUCCUUCGCUGCAUCCUCGUAUGCCGUGCCUGGAACACUCUCUUCAUCCCACACCUCUACAACACUCUUGACGACAGCCUCUACGCCUGGCCAGAGAUCCUCGAUCCGCUACACGAACAAAACGACGCAACAGAAACAACAACAAUAAGACUAAGGAAAGACCCCGACUGGAUCUUGGAGGCAUUCACUAAAUAUGGGCAUCUUGUCCGACGUCUCUGCACCACACGGUACCUGUUCAGUGACGCAGCCGCUCAGACUUGCACCAGACUCACAUCGCUGGCAUCGCAGGUGAUCUUCUUGGCUUACCCAUUUACAGAGUCAGACAACCCGAUCCCCUGGCACCCCUCAGAGCUGUCGACCGCACUAGAACCCAUGGUCAAGCAUGACAGUUUGCUUGACGUCUUGGGAUUCUGCCGCCACUUGACGAAGCUGUUGAUCAGUUGCUCCGAGGUGCCGAUGCAAGCCUUGUUGGAGCGAAUGCCUCAGCUGCGGUACUACACGUACCUCCAUGAGGCCCCUCUCAGCACUACUCUUCUGUUGACCUCACCCAUGCCACAUCUUGUCACAUUGCGGAUUCGGAGCGGGAUUACAAAGGCUGUCUUUUUCUCACUCUUGACAAAUCUACCCAAUUUGCAGGACCUCGCCACAGGAUCUCUCUACAAGGAUUACAUGCGCGAAGAUGGACUCCCACGAUCCGAGAUCAAGUUUGCACCCAGUCGACUCCAACGGUUGCACUUUACUAGACGCAACUAUGGCCUAGAGAAGAACGAACAUCGUAUGCUGGCCGAGAUUUUGCCGUGGGUUUCAGACUUGAUCCAGAUCGGUGUCACUUACUUGGACUCCAAUACAGCUCUCGCCCUUGCGUCCAAUUGUCCCCAGCUGCAAUCGUUCCAGCAUAUCGCUGGAACAGGCACUAUCUGUCGACGCUACCGGGAUGCAGGAGUCACCAACAGUCUCGGGAUAGUGCUCUGCAACAGUGUGAAUAUGACCGAGAUUGAUGGUGUUCGGUAUGAGGUUGAGGCUAGGAGCAUGGUGUUGAAUCCAUGGAUCUGUGAGAGGCUGGUGGUGCUACGAUUGCAGAUCAUUGGGGUGACUCGGCUGACGGAGGAGGAGGAAAUCGACUACAGGCAAGGAUUGCUCUUUCGGAGGCUUAACAGAGUACUUUCCGAGGCGGAGAUGAGGGCUUUGGAAAAGUACGAGGAAGUACGGGAGCAACAUCAAACGAUCUAUGGUCAGCUCGCCAAGCUGGUCCAUCUUACGGAUUUUGAGCUGGGUAUGGAGUAUCGGAAUCUCAAUUACCAAUGGAGAAACCCUAUGAUCCGACGUGGGGCACAGUCGUACAGGGACUAUGGCGACCCAUUCCCGGAUACGUUGGAGUUGUCGCUUGCAUCGGGGUUGGACUUGUUGUCGUCAUUGACCAAGCUGGAGGUGUUUGGUUUUGAGAGUGCCCUGGAUGAAAUGCCCCGAACUCAGUCCCCAGGAGUGGCGAGGUCGCCCGAUUCAGGAUCGCGACCACGAGAAAACGGAAAUUUGGAUGAUCGGAUCAUUGCCGCCUUUGAGCAGUAUGCGAACAAACACCAAAACUCGUUACAUGUUUGUAAAGACUUCAUCAUGGAUUUUACCGCUGGCCCGUCUUUGGUUAAGUCGCUUUCCGAUGGUAUUUAUGAUCUCUUGGUGCCUGACGCCCCUACAUUGCCUAGCAUCUCUGCGGAGCUGGAGGAGCUGAAGCAGAUGAUCCACGGCGAUUCAUCGUUCUAA